CACAGUCCACACUUUUACUCUCUCUCUCGCUCUCUCUCUCUAGGGUUUAUUAUUAUAUCUUCGUCGGUGAUAUGAUUUUUCCGGCCAUCGGUUUUGUUAUGGAGUGUCGGUGUGAUGACGUCAUUUCGUGUAUCCUUCGCAAAACCGGCGAGUUUUAGCCGUCUACUGUUUGCUGUACCUUAAGCAAAAGAGCAGAGUUUUCAAGUUAUUCCCGCUAAAAGACUAAUUUUCUACUCCAAAUAUUGGUUUUUUCACCGUAUAAAAAGGUAUUCGGUUUUGGCUCAAUCCAUUUCUGUUUGAAAUUUAGCUUUCGAUUUGAAGACGGUAAACUUGAAUUUUUAGUACUAGAACUUGUGGUUAUGCCUUUCCCUAUGAAGAUUCAACCUGUUGACUUCAGUACUGUCGAAGAAUCGAGUCGAUAUGACUCGUUUAAGCCGGUUCCGAAGUCACGGUUCAAGCGACUAUUUGAGAGGCAAUUUCCGGGGCUUUUGAGAUCAUCGGCGCCGGAGAAGCUGGUAACCGGUGAGGAUUUGAUUGGAAAUAGGAAGGAUGCGUCUGAAGAAUUCGAGCCGAGCUCUAUUUGUUUGGCUAAAAUGGUACAGACUUUCAUUGAAGAAGGCGAGGAUAAACAUCGGUGCAAUCGGAACCGAUGUAAUUGCUUUAAUUGUAAUGGAACUGAGAGCUCAGAGGAGGAAGCGGAUUCAGUCAAUUGCUUCGGUGAAUCGAAUCAAACUUGCUAUACCGAUGCUUGUGAAAUCCUCAAGAGUUUGGUGUCUUGUCCUUCCAUCUUUGAAAGGAACGUCGUGGCGGAAAUUACAAAGAUCACUGAGAAAAACAGGAUGAUUAAGCGAAAGGACAAUUUCAUCCGAAAGAUGGUUGUUGAUGGCCUUCUAGCUGUGGGAUAUGACGCCUCAAUCUGCGAGUCUCGCUGGGAGAAAACUCCUUCAACUCCUGCUGGAGCUUAUGAAUAUAUUGAUGUGGUAAUUGAAGGAGAACGACUUAUAAUCGACAUUGAUUUCAGAUCAGAAUUUGAAAUAGCAAGGUCGACUAGGUCAUACAAAUGUCUUCUCCAGGUGCUGCCUAACAUUUUUGUAGGCAAAGCAGAUCGCCUUCAGAAGAUUGUUCAUUUGCUAACAGAGGCUGCAAAGCAGAGCUUGAAAAAGAAAGGAAUGCCUUGUCCUCCAUGGCGUAAAGCUGAAUACGUGAAAGCUAAAUGGCUGUCGACCUACACCCGUAUGACACCUGUUCUACUGCCAAUAGUAUCAAACUCUGCUUCUGAACCUGGCACUGCUUGUAAAAUCAAACAAGAAGCCAUAAAGGAAGAGACUUCAGAGGAUUCUCUUGGGGAGCUGAAACUGGUUUUUGGAGGAGAGAGCAGUCCUUUAGUGGAGAAUAAAGGCAAGAGUGUGAGUACAUCUCCUCUAUUUGCUUGUGAUGAAGAUGAACAGAAUGUGAUGGUGCAGCUAGGUGAACCACUGGAGAUUAAACACAAGGAUCCAGGCAAUACUGCCAGGAAGAUAACCGGUUUAACUUCUCUGAUUGAAGACCACACAUAAAAUUUUGACUUGUUUCCUAACCCUUUUGUCUACUGUUAUAUGUUUCGAGCUGAAAACCCCGUGUGUUUUAGUAUUUGGGGUUGUAGUAUCAACUGCCUACUGGUUUUGUCUCGGUGGUCUCCCUUCGUAUUUUAUAGUAAGGGUCUAUGAGUCCAUGCCACUAAUAUAAACUUACAUAGUAUCGAGAGAUUAGUAAAGGAGAGCUGGAGCUGGUCAUUGGUCUGGUCAGUUCGGUUCUUGGAUAUUUUUCAAGAGUGUUUUGCAUAAGUGUUCAUUGUAGCAAACGCUUGUUAGCAGCUAGUAUUUUACUGUUAUAAUGGCAAUAAAUUCUGGAACUAUUGCAGCUUGAGCUUCUC